CUCGUUGGCGACACAGUGUUUAAGAGUGAGUGUUUCCCUACGAUCCGCGUUGCCGUGAGGCCGUUCGUUAUCGGCAGCCAGCGUUGGUAUAGUGUUACUCCGAAAUAAAAAUCGGCAGUUGUUUUUCAGAGUUUGGAAUAGCCGCAAAUAUAUCAGCUCGUUCCACUUCCGGGUGCUGAUAAGAGUGGCAAAGAGUUUCCGUCACGGAUCGUCAUAGCGUCGUGGGGCUCGGUUCGUCUUCCGGUCCGGUCACCGAUCGUUUCCACCGAGGGGUGUAGCAACAUCCGGCAUCAGACGGCUGUUAGUCGGAAUCGCCGCUAUCGUUGACUAGUACGUCAAUCUUUCCGGGUCACAUAGAGCCGGACAAAGGGCUAAACAAAAAAAACCCAAGCACUACAAUCCGGAACAGGUGUCACGUUCCUGUGCCGUCCCGAGCAAUGGAGCUGUCUCGGAUAAAAUCCCUUUAUUGUGGGUUAAUAUUUCAACUUCUAUUCACCCUUGCCCUACCGCUUCCGUACACAAAGUAUGGACGUACCUGCAGCGACAUCGGUUGCCUGUCCAGCCAGGUGUGCGUGAUGGCGUACGAGUCGUGUUCCCUGGGGCAGCGCGAGGGUAACGACUGUGGCCGCUAUCCGACGUGCAAAAAGAACACGGACCCCAGUGUCAGUGCCGGCCCGAGCGAGGGUGUCAGCAACGUGUUCAACAACGGUCCGCGACCUUCGGCUCCAGCUAGAAAUCCCGGAAACGGUGACGAUGACGUUCUCGGCACGCUUGGUCUCAACCCCAACAACCCUUACGGUCAGCGGCCCACCUCUGCUCCGGCUCGCCCACCUUCAUCCGGUCCCGGUCUCUAUCCAUCCCUGCCGACGGAUAACAACCCCGGCAAUCGGUACGGUGGCAAUGGAGGUAACAACUACAAUGGUGGAGGUGGUGGUGCCGGAGGAUACAACGGUGGAGGUGGUGGUGCCGGAGGUUACAACGGUGGAGGUGGUGGCAGCUCAUACAACCGCGGUGGAUCCUCGGGACAUUUCGAUGGAGCCGGAGGAAAUAUCAUCGUGCCAACGACGAAACCAGCGGCGCCGUCCAAUGGUGGCUUUUUCGGUGGCAUCCUAAGCGGCGUCCAGAAUGCGGUCUCGACCGCGGUCAAGCAACAGAUCGGCACCUAUAUCAACCAGCGGCUGGGUAUUGGACCGGCAGCAGGAGGAACAGCUGGAACCGGAGGGCUUGGUGGACUGUUCGAUGCGCGUAACCUCAUUGACAACAAGCGGCUCGGUGGAUUAUUCUCUGAGAACAAACCUGCUGGAGGAGGCACCUCGGGCAGUUCGGUCGGACCCGGUGGAUAUCCGGUAUCGGUAGAUCAGCGCACUUCUGCUAGCAGCUAUAACCAACAGUAUGCUCCGGCCCCUGCUCAAUCUGUACCGUACCCACAAAGCUAUGGCAGCUACAGCAACGCUGGACGCACUCGCUCAACGGAACGUCCUGCGUACGGCUGGAAUCUGAACUAAAUGGAAGAAUGUCCGUUCUGGUUCUAGAACCAAGCACAUCAAUACUCCCCCAAUGCACCCUGUGUGCAGCUUUAGCACCUUAAUAACCGCCUCCUGAUAUUAUGCCCCAACUAAGCACGACACACGGGUUUACGCUCUUCAUCCCUUUGCCGAUCAUCGCGCCCUCUGGCGGACGCCUUCGUACUACCACCGUACCGACAUCGCAGUAACAUGGUAACGGACAGCAUGUAUGUGUAAAACGGAUGAGGAUAAAUUUACAAACAGUGCAUAUUAUACAAAAAAUAUUGUCUUUUAUACCUAAACAAAUUGUGACUAAUAAA